GGUUUCACGGAAUUGGCCAGCAAAACAUCAGCACAGCAACUCGUGAAAAUCCUGAAUGACCUUUUUGCUCGCUUCGAUAGAAUCGCAGAGGAUAAUCACUGUUUACGGGUUAAAUUGCUGGGCGAUUGUUAUUAUUGCGUGUCCCAAUUCGAGAGCGAUAACUGGAAAACACGUCCGGAUCAUGCAGUUUGCAGUGUCGAGACAGGACUUCACAUGAUAAGAGCUAUUAAAGAUGUCAGACUGCACACGCAUGUCGAUUUAAAUAUGCGCAUUGGCAUCCAUAGCGGUUCGGUUAUGUGCGGCGUUUUGGGUAACAAAAAAUGGCAUUUUGAUGUUUGGUCAAAUGACGUUAUAAUUGCCAAUCACAUGGAAUCCGGUGGAAUACCAGG